UAUGAUUCUCCUAAUCCAUGGUUUGUUGGAAUUAUUGUUAUAAAGUUGUAACACAAAUUGUGAAUUGCAAAACAUAAGUUACAUUAUACGUUACGUUAUAGUACUUCCCCUGCACUCACUCCUACAGUACUUACAGUAUCUCCAAUUCCAUCUCCCAAAUUUAAGAGCUCAGCUUGGGCACAAGUUAUGUUUAACAUAUACUAACAGAUAUUCAACUUUUUCCUUUGUAGAGAAAUUUUGUGGUAAUUAAUUGAAUUAAAUGGGUUGCUAUUUAUCAACAAAUUCAAAGAAAGUUAGAAAAACACAAGGUUAUGAAGAACCUACAGUUCUUGCUUCUGAGACACCUUUUACUGUGAGUGAAGUAGAAGCAUUAUAUGAACUCUAUAUGAAGUUAAGCAAUUCUAUUAUUGAAGAUGGUCUUAUUCACAAGGAAGAAUUUCAGCUAGCACUCUUCAGGAAUGAAAACGAGAAGAAUCUGUUCGCGGACAGGAUUUUUGACUUAUUCGAUGUGAAGCGCAACGGAGUUAUUGAGUUUGGUGAAUUUGUUCGAUCACUAGGUGUUUUUCAUCCAAAUGCACCUUUAGAAGACAAAAUUGCAUUUGCUUUUAGGUUGUAUGAUCUUAGACAGACAGGAUACAUUGAAAGAGAGGAGUUAAAGGAAAUGGUAUUGGCACUAUUGCACGAAUCAGAUCUUGUGCUUUCAGAUGACAUGAUAGAAUCUAUUGUUGAUAAGACAUUUAAAGAUGCUGAUACAAAAGAUGAUGGGAGAAUAGAUCAAGAUGAGUGGAAAGCAUUUGUCUCUCAACAUCCCUCUUUGAUAAAGAACAUGACUCUUCCAUAUCUAAAGGAUAUUACAUUGGUAUUUCCCAGUUUUAUUGCAAGAACAGAAGUUGAAGACUCGGAGGUGUGAAUAAUUAGGGAGGUGCCAAUAGUGACUACUAUUUAUUCACUUGAAUUGUUAUUUCUAGUGCAAGUCUAGCUUAUACUUUUAUGUGUA